UAUCCGCUUGAGCCACUGUGAUCACUCUUUCAGUUUAUCUUGCCUCUUUAUCUCUCUUACGUAUUCGAGUGACAGGGACCCAGAUAGAAAAUCUUAGCGGUAGGCUUAUUCGAACAUGAUAUUUUAAAAUGAGGGUAAUCAAAAAGAACGUAGCUACGGUGUGAACAAAAUAACGGCUAAGUCCUCCCUUUCCAUCGAGAGCCACCGCGGAACGACCACCUCGAAAAAUGACGAUGGUGGAAUAGGCGACGGGCUUCGAGGCGGAAAAGGGCCACAUUUUGCACACACAAGGUUACAUUUUUAGUAUGAGACGUAGAGACUCAUGCGCAAGUUUAGUUGGGGCAGGGAGUACGUUGCGUUCGCACUACGAUACCAGAUAGUUACAACAUUACAAUAAUUACAUUAUCUUAAUAUCCAAUGACGGGCGUAAUAGGCGAGGGGCUUUGAAGUGUUAGCGACGUCAGCGACGAUAUCUGUUUAUAGAUACUGUGGUGAUUUCAUACGCAACGUAACAUUUUAUGCGCAACUGCGACAGGGCACGUUUCUAUGUGGCUAGGAGCGUGCCGCAUUCGAAUGAAAACGAACAAAGUUUGAAUCUGACGACGGUCGGGAUAGGCAACUGGCUUUGAGGUGGCCGCGGCGGUUACUAUCUACUUUUAAACUACUAGACCAGACCAAUAAUUCGUCUCCUUGGCAAUUUUGUUCUGGGACCAGCGACAAUCGUACAACCACAAGUAGAAUUCAGACUACUCUUGGAAGAAACGGGAGGCAGGCAUGGUGCGAGUCGCCGCUAAGGCUGUACGAGCCCGUCGGACGGCCCCUGCGACGCCUGCGACGAAGCCUGGUGACGCUGGACCGUCACAAAUCAAAAGUGCACCCUCAACUAGUGGCACUAGUUCCCGUAGCCGCAAAGCCGUCACUGAUCCUGACAAUUGUCGGAGACUCGGAGUUGAUGAACAGUUCAUCAAAUUUCGGCCUUCGCCCAAUUUCAAAAAUAUGAAGAAGUUUUUGAAAUAUAAAAUUGAUUAUUCAGAAUCAUCAAGUCAGUCUCCGCCAAAUGGCAAUUGUGAGCAGACUACGCCAAAUACGUCAGAGAGCCCGCCCAGAAAUAACCAGCCGAUGGAAAAGGAGGAACAGCCUUCCCCUGUGAAACCAGUUGUCCAUCCCCCUUUACCUUUAGAACCGCCACCCCCGGACAAACUACCUGUUAUGCCUGUGCCUAUUAAGAAUGAAAUUAUUGAUAAUGAUUACCCAGACCAAGAAAGUGGGCAAGAAUCUCCAAAUCUGUCAACAGCUGAACUGUCAACAGCAGAAACAGAAGAACCUUCACUAAGAUUAAAUGAGGAGCAAGACAGCCAGGUCACAGAAAGACCAAAAGUGACUGUUUGUCGGGAUUUUAUUAGAGGCACAUGUGUUAGAGUGGGGUGCAAAUAUGCGCACCAAAGGGACCUGUCACAAUUAACUGGGGUGUAUACAUUCUGCCGCAAUUAUCAAAACACAGUCUGCACAUUACCUCAGUGCAAAUAUGUCCAUGCUACAGUGUUCGAAGAGCAAGAGUUCUAUAGAACUGGAGUCCUACCAGCACACGCCCAAUAUCACUUAAAAAAGGCUUUCUAUAUGCUGCCGCCUCCACCACCCCCACCUCCACCACCUGAAGUAAACUCAAGCCCUCCAUGCACUCCAGAGGUGCUUAACGCGGUUGCCCUUCGUCGAAAUCCUUCAGAAAAGCCUUUAAUAAGCUGUGUGCCUGUGUCUAAAUUGGAGUCUAAACCAGCCGAGAAUGAUUUCAGGCACAUGAUACAAGCCAUUACUUCGCCACUGAAAAGAGACUGGAACUCAAUAGACCCAUUCAGCUCCCCGCCGCGCGACAUCGACCACAAACAACUCUUCACAAAAAAAUGUAAACAUUGCGACAGUACGGACAUCAGACUUCAAUAUAAUAAAGAAAAACUCGAGGCAAUAGAGAAGACCAGUAAAGAACUUAAAAUGAAGUCUAAGCUCCUCACGCAUAAGAGCCAAAACCUUUUCACCAUCCUCCUUACAGUAAUAAAAGAGCAGGCGGAGUCAGUUAACGGGUACAACAAAUUAAAAGCAAGGCUGAAUAUGUGCGGAGAAAAAGAAAGGGAAGUACUUCAGAAAAUCAUUGAGAACCACAGCUCACAAGUCAGUAGCAAUAUUAUGUAAGCUAAAGCCAUAUUUAGUAUUAAUAUGUAAUUAUUAGGAUGACCACCAAUGUGUCUUCCAACAUCACAAUACAAAACGCAGACGGUGCACAGUAUUUUAACAUAACCAGAUUUUACCUACUGACACCAUGAUUACGUUAAGUUUGUGAUUGACAGAUAGUUUCAUUAUUAGACACGCGUGUAUUUAGAAUUACGCGCGACAUGUAUCGGAGAACCUAGGUCUCCAAACUCAUGCACUGAGACUGGAGAACCCAGGACCCGAAUUCCGGGAAACACCGGCGCAAGUACCAUCAACGAGUGUUAUCAUAUGUUAUCAUAGCGAGCCCAGCGGCCUGCGCGCCGAACGACUGCAGUACGUACUGAAGUCUCGGUGAUUGAGAAUGGGGGCCUAGACUCUCCGAAACUUGGAUGAUCUAGCAGUACAGUAAAUUACAGACGAGGCGUCUCCAGUUAAAUCCGCCAAGCUCGAAACAUGUCUCUCGGAACGACAAAAUGCACGUCAGUAAAGUCGUAAAAUUAUAUAAUGUUAGUACGAUUAUGUCUAACGAUAUAUCAUUUCUUUUGUGUUACCUAAAUGUAGCAAAUAGAAUAAAAGCCAUCCGUUAAUCACUAACUGAAACCAAUAGUGGUGUAGUCUGCACUACAGUACAGAUCUGUAAUUCUAGUUAGGUUAGAAAGUUGCUUUCUAGAUUGUUUGUAACCGUUGACGAAUAUUUUUCUCACUUUAUCACACAAAAUUUGUCCCCAUACGUCUCAUACCCGUUAUUAUGUAUACCCCUCAUACGCCUCGCCCUUGCCGCCCCAAAUGAAAAUUUCAUGUUGCUUUUCAGUGAUUAUACUUUUUAAAGUAACUAAUAGAAUAAUUUUAUAAUCACUAAAUAUUUUACACAAAAACCAUCUGAUUCGCAUGCCUUAAUAAAGCAACAAAUUGAAUACUUUUACUAUUAGGUUCAAAAUAUUUUACACGAAAACCAUCUGAUUUGCAUGCCUUAAUGAAACAACUAAUUGGAUAAUUUUAUAAUUACAAAAUAUUUUACACGAAAACCAUCUGAUUUUGCAUGCCUUAAUGAAACAACUAAUUGAAUAAUUUUAUAAUUACAAAAUAUUUUACACGAAAACCAUCUGAUUUUGCAUGCCUUAAUGAAACAAUUAAUUGAAUAAUUUUAUAAUUACAAAAUAUUUUACACGGACACCAUCUGAUUUUGCAUGCCUUAAUGAAAAAACUAAUUGAAUAAUUUUAUAAUUACAAAAUAUUUUACACGAAAUCCAUCUGAUUUUGCAUGCCUUAAUGAAACAAUUAAUUGAGUAAUUUUAUAUUUACAAAAUAUUUUACACGAAAACCAUCUGAUUUUGCAUGCCCUAAUGAAACAAUUAAUUGAAUAAUUUUAUAAUUACAAAAUAUUUUACACGAAAACCAUCUGAUUUUGCAUGCCUUAAUGAAACAACUAAUUGAAUAAUUUUAUAAUUACAAAAUAUUUUACACGAAAACCAUCUGAUUUUGCAUGCCUUAAUGAAACAACUAAUUGAAUAAUUUUAUAAUUACAAAAUAUUUUACACGAAAACCAUCUGAUUUUGCAUGCCUUAAUGAAACAAUUAAUUGAAUAAUUUUAUAAUUACAAAAUAUUUUACACGAAAACCAUCUGAUUUUGCAUGCGUUAAUGAAACAACUAAUUGAAUUAUUUUAUAAUUACAAAAUAUUUUACACGAAAACCAUCUGAUUUUGCAUGCCUUAAUGAAACAAUUAAUUGAAUAAUUUUAUAAUUACAAAAUAUUUUACACGAAAACCAUCUGAUUUUGCAUGCCUUAAAGAAACAACUAAUUGAAUAAUUUUAUAAUUACAAAAUAUUUUACACGAAAACCAUCUGAUUUUGCAUGCCUUAAUGAAAAAACUAAUUGAAUAAUUUUAUAAUUACAAAAUAUUUUACACGAAAACUAUCUGACUUUGCAUGCCUUAAUGAAACAAUUAAUUGAAUAAUUUUAUAAUUACAAAAUAUUUUACACGGACACCAUCUGAUUUUGCAUGCCUUAAUGAAAAAACUAAUUGAAUAAUUUUAUAAUUACAAAAUAUUUUACACGAAAACCAUCUGAUUUUGCAUGCCUUAAUGAAACAACUAAUUGAAUAAUUUUAUAAUUACAAAAUAUUUUACACGAAAACCAUCUGAUUUUGCAUGCCUUAAUGAAACAAUUAAUUGAAUAAUUUUAUAAUUACAAAAUAUUUUACACGAAAACCAUCUGAUUUUGCAUGCCUUAAUGAAAAAACUAAUUGAAUAAUUUUAUAAUUACAAAAUAUUUUACACGAAAACUAUCUGAUUUUGCAUGCCUUAAUGAAACAACUAAUUGAAUAAUUUCAUAAUUACAAAAUAUUUUACACGAAAACCAUCUAUCUGAUUUUGCAUUUCUUAAUGAAACAACUAAUUGAAUAAUUUUAUAAUUACAAAAUAUUUUACACGAAAACCAUCUGAUUUUGCAUGCCUUAAAGAAACAACUAAUUGAAUAAUUUUAUAAUUACAAAAUAUUUUACAUAAAAACCAUCUGAUUCGCAUGCUUUAAUGAUUUUAAUGAAGUAAUAAAUAUUUAUACUUGGAUUUACAAAGUAAAAUCACGCCUUUUUAUAUAUUUUUUACCUGCAACAAUUUUAGCACAGUCACGAAAAGCUAAGGCCUGUCGCUUUUGAACCUUCACGGCAUUGAGAUAGAGUCCAAAAUUCAAAAUAUUUGCUUUCCUCGAUUGUGCAAAAGUUCUCGUUGCAUUUGACUAUUGAUUUCUGUUACCAAUUCAAAAUGUAUUAAAUUUAUUGACAUACGACCUGUUUGUGCACUUAGAAAAAAUAUUCGUCAUUUUUGUUACCUAUAUAUUGUAUUCACCUUGAAAUAAUGUGAUGCACGACGAAACGCGCAUAAAUAUUAUAACACCACACAACGAGCAUGAGCGAGUUAGUGCGCGAGGUCCUUAGUAGUCUAAUACGAGGAACCAUCCUCGAAUCGCGGCGAUACCUCGCGCUACUUUAGGCCUUAAUCACUGAGUCGUUAUAACCAUAAAAAUAUGUCGGUGGUUUAGGGCUAGUGUAGUGGACGCCCAUCCUUAUGGCUCUGCAGAUCAGAUCGUGUCAGAUAUUGUUGCUUCGUUGGGCAACACAUUAUUGCGGGUGACCGUGUGUAUACUGUACAGAAUACUGCCGUAAACAGUUCUCACUGGUUACAACGGGACAUUACAAUUGUCGAUUAAAUGAUUUCGCUACGCGUAUAGUUUUAAGAAACCCGUCAAAGUAGACUAAAUCAAAAAGAUCUACGGACACUAUUUUUGUGGACAUAACGAUAAGCUCCAAGCAUUUGGCAUUUAAAAACUUAUGAAUUGGGCAACCUCGCUAUUAUUAAUUUUAUUAUCUAUAUUAAUUUGUUCUUCUUGAUACGUAAUUUUAGCAGCUAACGGAAUAGUACCAAACAAAAUAGUACAUAAUUAGUUAUAGAUAUGUCGUUAAUUACGUCGUAGAUAAUUUAAGAAACUGUCAACUGUCUCGUGAAAUUAAGAAUGUAGACAUGAAGCAGACCGAGGGCUCAGUACCGGCCGUUUUAAUGUAAAUAGGUUUUUAUUGGGGUAUUAUAUUCAAAUAAGGUCCUAACAGACUUAAAUAUGAAUCUUGGCAUACAUAUACUGAAAAAUAGAACUUUCUAACUUCUUACUGAAAUCAAAUAAAACAGUUUUUAUUAGUGGGUUCAUUUUGCUACCUGAAUGCCAUGUUUCAUAUUUUUUCUGGAUGGGAUAAUAUUACCUUUUUAUUUAAACAUAGACACCGUAAACUACUUUAAUCUCAAAAUAUUUUAUACAAUCUUAAACCAAUGAUGUAAAAUUUAGAUAUUACCGUCGUUAAAGUAGAUUGAAUGAAUGUGUUUCUGUGUCGUUUGUUUCAAAACACCGAAUACUAGUAACUAGUAAUCAGUGGAAAUAAUUGUUGAGUUCAACACCAUUGCAAGUUUCACCUAUCAAUUAGUAUUUAACGCUCUAAAGAUAUCUGACAAAAAAACAGUCAUUUAUCUGUGUUAUAUGUCACAGGUCACAGUCACAGGUGUGUUCUGUGAGAUUGCUUUUAUAUUAUUUCAAUACUGUGCUGAUAGAAAGAUUAACAAAUGAGCAAAUUAAAGCGGCGCGACGCGACCUUCACCAUUUUUACCGUAAAUGUAAGGUUAACCAGUAUCAUUUCUAUCAUCUUGAGUUUAGCGAGUUUUUUUUUGACUUUUCAAUCUUAAGAUGGAUCUAUAUCGCCGUUAAAUUUUAUGGAGCAACAUGGUAACAUUAGGUUACUUACCUAGUUACUUACUGCGGUGUGGAUGCAUCUUUACACUCGCCAUUUGUAGCCUUACCAUUACCACGUCUGCCUUAACAGUGUUAAAUUGACAUAUUCGCUAACGUCUGUGUAACUUACAUUCUAUAGAGCAGAUGCCCAAAGUAAUCUGAAUUAUUUAGUACAGAUAUUACGUUGCCGGUUAUAGCGUUGUUAAGGUACUUGAAAUAGUAAACUGAUCAUUCGUAAUACUGGAUAGGAGUUGUUCGAGAUAGUUGUCGGUUGUUUUCAGAAAAAUGGACAUAAAAUUUACAUUGGUAACUUACAUUUACGGCAAAAGUGUUACUAUUAUAAUAUAGAAAAAUAUAGAACAAAUUUGUAUAAUCUUUCAGUAAAACGCUCGUUCAAAUAUUGUUAUCGCCUAUUAUGCUGCGACAUGCGUAGGAAGAGUAACAGCGUGCAGUAUUCCAAGCAAUGAAAAUAUAGUGUACAGAAUUUUUCAAAGUAUGCCCCUGUUUAUUAGCUUUCGAGUGUACAUAAAUCAAUAUCAGUAAUAAACACGUUAGUAAAUGCUAGACAAUCUUAAUGAUAAUGAAACGUUGACAGUAGUUCUAAGAAUUCGUAUAAGAUAUAGUUUUUACGGUGGCGGGAUAACAAAACUUCCUUCUAACUAAAACUAACACUGGGAAUACUCUAAACUGAAGCUUUCACGUUUGUUAUCUAUUGAUUAAACACUAAUAUAUAUCUUGGUCGCCAUUUAGCGUAGUAGAGUACAAAUGCACCGUGCUAAGGUCGCCAGAAGGUGUACCGAUGAAUUGCAGGGAUAUUUCUUAUAACAGUCUUUGAAGUUAAAAUUAUCACUACACUGAAAGACGAAUUAAGAAUGACUCACGCUAGAACGGUUCGGGGCCGGGCCGAGCUGCAUAUUUUUUGGGAAGCUCGUCAUAUUGAAAAUACUUCGCUGCGUUCGCCAUAUCUGUACACAACUUGACGAGUACAAGUCUGUCAUUGGUAUGUACUAUGGAGUAGGAGGAAUUUCGUACAUUGACCUGUCUAUCUGUUUGUAUCGUUUGCGCACGUGCUAUUUACUGUUAUGUACUUUUCGUCAAGUUAAACAGUAAUAUCUCGCAUGAUUCGUCAGUGCAGUGCAUGAUCUUUUUAUUAACUCGAGUUUCAUAGUUACUCGUGGCGUGGCAUUUCUCGAUCCAUUGCUCAUAAAUUUAGUUUGUUCUUUGCUGUUUAAUGAGUGAACCUUUAUGAUAGCUUAUUUCUUGUUAGUAUUAUUUGCCGAAAAUGAUGUCUACUCUUUGUAGGGAAUUCUUCCUGCUAAGAUUUUCGUGUUUCAGCGUAGAAAUUAAGCCAAGCUGUAGAAAUUACUGAAAAUGUGCUUACAUUGUUUUCAACAAAUAACAAAUUCCGGAUGCAUUAGAUGCUAACUAUAUUUUUGCAUGCAUUCGAAAGAGUAGACUAGUAUUCAUAUUCACUUUAAAAAACUCACUUCACGCACUAUAUUUUUCAAAAAAUAUAUAUAGCUUGUACUCUGGUUCGCACAGAACGAGCCUUCAUGCGAUAACAUUGCCGCCCGUGGUAGUUCAAGGCCUAUGCAUAACUAUUGGACCGUCGUAUGCACAACCAUGGGACCGCAGUUUGUCUUCUGAUCCUUGUAGCAGGCUGAAAAGUUGUUCCGUUCCUCCCACCAGCUCCUUCAAUUUCCCCCAUAAAAUUCUCGUACAUUCGCCAUCAAAAAAAAUCACAGCCGGUAUCUUGAAGCCUGGGAGCCUUGUUCUGGAGACCAUCCACUACAUAGCAGCUCGGUUUAUGUAGACGCACACGAGACCACGAUGCCUCGGGCGACGCACUACAUAGACCGAGCACUGCUUUGCGCGGCAAUUUCCUUGCGAAGCGAAUCGUUUGAUUUGUCUUUUGUCAGCUAUUCCAUCAUCCAAUCAUAUUGAGCAGUUCCAGUUACAUUAGCCGGUAUCAAAGUAUUCCCUGGUGUUUUAGUGAGUCUGAAGUGGCUAUAUGCGAUAGUAGCUAUUGCUAGCCGAAAGUAUUUUAGAAUAAAUACAAAAUACUCCAUUAGGUUAGUCAUCAGUACACGUAUUUGUAAUUUUAUGAUCAAUUCGCUGAAAAUUCAGAAAGAAGUCAGUUUAAGGAAGUUACUUUAUAAAAUGUGUUCCAUACACAACAGCGUUAGUAACAAUCCGCAUGUUGCUGUAUAUAAUCCAGAUUCCUCUACUUAUAUGUAUUGAAAAAAAAAAAACAAUAUAAUUUCGUAUCUAUGCGAACAUUUCAGCACGAACCAAAAGAGGUGUAAUUUAACUAGCAUUAUUUUAUAAUAACAUUGGCAUCGGCAUCAUUCAUUUAAGUUGAGAUUCACGCGGCGCCCGUCCAACUGCAGACGGUAUUGAUAAUGAUGGUUGAAAUUUUUUGGAACAGGAUUCACUAAAAUAAGAUUUCCAACCUCUUUCCAAGUUAUUGCAGAUCAUUUUAUUAAAAGGGUAAUCUAAUAUAAUUUCUAAUAUACAAUUUGAGAUACGUGAUUUCUAACUAUAUGGAGUAUUCCGGGUAACUUGGAUGUAAAAUUGGACAGGGUUAUUAAAUAAUUACUAUUACUAACUAGAUUAAAUCCGCAAAGCCUUAAUUAGUACAAAAUCGUUUUACUUGGUGUUUGUUACGACUAUGAGUUCAAAAACAAGAGGCAAUAAAUAAUCCAAAUAUUGUUUAGGGUCGAUUUUAUACUGCUGUAAAAAUAAGUAUGUCGAUGUAACAAAUAUCGGCCUUUUCUAUUUAGUCAAUUUAGUGGCGAGGCGCUACCUUCCAUUAUUAUCUCCACCUUCCAUCUUAUGUUACUAACAAUUUUACUUCUAGUUUAAAUAGUAUUAGCUCAUUUAGACGGUGCGAGAACUCGCAUACGAGUUUUAUUACAUUGCGGUAUUUGAUCGGUCGCCGAAUUGGUUGUAAGCUCAAUAGUCCGCAAUGUAAUUAAAAUCGCCUGCCAGUUCGCGUGCCAUCUAAAUCAGCCCUUAGUUUGAAAACUUUGACCAUCACUACAGUUAAUUUCACAAUUUUGUGUGUGCAAGAUAUAGUAUACCAUGAAGUUUUGUGCUACCGCUUACUUCUAUUUGGUAUGAUUUAUUAUAGCUGCAUGUGCUUCAGAUAUUCAGACAUUUUCCAUCUACUUUGUAAUUCAUAAAUAUGGAGCAACUUUUUAUCAAUAACAUGUUACUUAUAUGAAGACUGAAAAUUGCUGGCAUUGUGAGAUUUCAAUCUUAAUACAAGCAACACAUAAUAAUUAGUAUUUAAAAGCUUACUGACUUAAUUUGACAAACAUGCCAUUUUUGGAAUUCAACAUUAGGAACCCAAUAGUUUGCGCUAUUUUGUUUGCAGCUGUGAAUGAUCUUUUGCUAUAUUGAAACUGAAAUGCAUUAGUGGUUAGAAUGGUAGUAUCAGUAGUUGCGCUGUAACAUAUGAAAAACACACCAGAUACAGUGACGAAAAGGCCUUAGAGAUUUAAGUGUGGUUUAAGACGGCAGUUUCAUCAUACAUAUUUAUAUUGUAUUGCGUGUGUACGACUUUAACAAAACGACGAAACUAAUUUGUGUAACUCUUAAAAAACCUAUUCGCACCUACUUACUAUAAUUAAACCGCAAGUGGCAUUCUUUAAAUUUUGACGAACCUACAAAUAACUAUUUUGUACUGCCAACGCUGCGGGCAUUCCCUUUCGUCAUGCAAUUGCAUUCUGCGGUCGGUCAUGGUCGUGAUGGUCGUCAGGAAAAUUUAUUAACAAAUGUCGCGCUUAAACAUAUAGUCUCGAAUAACCAAGUAAGCACGAAAUUCCUGUAAAAAAGCGCCACGUUAACAUUUAGGAAUAAAUAAAUAGUAAUAUUUACAUAUUUAUUCCUUAAUAUUACAUAUUUAUUCUUGUGUGAUUUUUUACAUACUUAUGUUUUUUUAGCAAAUUUGGUUUUUAAUUAAUUCUUGUUACUUGCCCUUGGUUAAAACAUUUUCUUUUAAAUAUUGCAUGCUUACCUAUUUUAUUGCGUUUAGAAUUAUAUGGUAUUUGAGAUGCGUCCAGAUUAAGCAAUCGCGCACGCAUGUUUGCUGUAUGUUGCCCGUUGCAAAGAUGCAAGAGAAUUAUAUUAUACAUUAUCUAAUUAGACGCGCGAUGUCUAAUUACUCGUCGUGCGGUGCAAUCGCUAGGUCUGGACGCAUUUUUUAAGUUUAUUCAAGAACAAUAAAGUCACUAUAACGUCGCUUACAAACCGAGCUAGCUUUUUAAGGUAAAAUGCUUUUAGGAUAAUAAAAAAAAUUUAGGAUAUUAAGUAAGUAUUUAAAAUCGAACUUUGUGGGUGUUCGAAGUUGCUGUACUGCGGUUGGCUCUUCUUAAAAGUUUGCCACCAAUGCUUUCAGUCUAAGCUAAAUAAAAUGUAUGGUUCUGCUCUCGCAAGUAGUUAUGACCGCAUGCAGCCAGUUUGCUGCUAUUAAGCUGCUUAAAUUUUCCGCCUACAGUAAAACAAAGAAAGUGAUGAUUGCCUAUUAGGAGGUUCGGGAUUCGUAGGGAACAAGAUCGGAAUCUUAUACGGAGCUCGGGAUUCACCGAACUUAAAUAUAAUACAUCAUUCAGUCAUCUUAUUUUAAUUUAUAUGACGAAGCGAAUUAUCAUGAAAAUUACAAUAUUGUACAUAUGAAUCCAAUUUAAAAUAGAUUUUAACGUUUAUAAUAUACUUAGAUGUUUAGAAUGAAAUAAUAUUUUUAGGUGUAAGCAUAUUUUGUAAGUCUUUAUUUUCUGCGCAAAUUCGUAACUAUUAUAUCUAGGACCACCAGCGAAAAACUGAUCUACGCUUGAAUUCGUUUCAGCGAUAUAGAGUGAAAUGCUUUGGCUAUACAAUAAAACAGUUAAGCUGUUGGAAAAUUAAGACAUUUUUCCGCUGAUGGAUUAAUUUAAUGUUAAGAUUUAUCUUUACUGAUACGUCUGCAUAGCGUCCAAAUACACAUGAAUUAAAUUUCUAACAAUAAAGGCACGAUUCCUUCGUCGACCAUGCGGACCGCAGACGGAACAAAAAAUGGUCAAAGUUUGUUGUUGGUCGGCUUGGGAAUGAGCUUGUUCCAACUUACGUGCCCACUGCCCAGCCCGACGAAUAUAAAACACCGCUUGCGCAACACUGCGUGGCAUAUAAUUAGUUUGGACGGGACUUUUAAAGUUGUCUAUGUUAAGUCGAAUCUCCAAUAAAAUUUGCCUUCUGCGGCAUAUCUCCAAUGGUACAUCAACGUCUAAGUACACGCAGAUAGUUGCCAGGGCUUUUUGACACUUGAAUGUACACUGUUUUAUGUGCAACUUGUGCAAGAUGAGCGCGAACGUUUUAUAUUUAUUUUUAAGGUGCUUAUUUUAAAAUUUGUCUGUGUGUGUAUGUACGCAUUAUUUUUAUAAUGACAUUGCAAUAAACAUUUGUGAAUUUGUUAAAA